AUGCGGAGUGACGUACGCGCCCCACUGCAAGCAGGACGCCACCACCGGUGGCUCCACCGAUGGCUCCGUGCACAAAAGUUUCAGCGGCCCCGCCUCGCUAUUGCUGUCUCACGGUGCGCCUCACGCGGGCAACAGUGUUGGUGGACCGGUGGUCUCCUCAUGCGGCUUCUCCCGCGGCUUUGCAUGGCCAACGGCAACGCAGCGGCCGCCGGCGAGGGAGACAGCAAUAGCGUCAGUAAGCAGACGGCGGUGUCGUCCUCCUCCUCCUCGUCGACGGUCUCGACGUCGUCUUCAGCGGCGGCGGCGGCCGCGGUGUCGGAGGCCUCGUCGUCGAUGUCGGUCCCGUCGUUGCCUUCGCUGUCAGCUGUUGUGGGGGGCAGUACGAGCUGCCUCGCCGCGUCGUUCGCCCACGUGACUACUCUGUGCGAUCUUCCCACGGCGCCUGGGUCAGCCGCUGCCGCCGUCGCGGCGGCGGACCCGGUUCAUGGUGGUGGUCUCAUCGUCGUUGCAAGGCCGGCGGCCGUGGCGGUCUAUGAUCUGUUCAGUAUGGAGGCGACCUCCACGUCAGAUAUGGCGGAUGCUGCUUCGUCCGCCGGGUCGGUCAAGUGCGUGGCGCACCUUCACGGCGGGAAGGUCGCGGUGACGGGGCACCAGGACGGGAGGCUGCGCCUGUGGCGGGUGUCCUCGCGCGCUUCCGACCGGCUCCGCCUCGCCGCCGCGCUCCCCACCGUUUCCGACCGGCUCCGCCGUUUCCCCGUGCCGUCCAACCACGUUGUCGUCCGGCGCCACCACCGUCGGCUCUGGAUAGAGCACGCCGACGCCGUGUCCGGCGUCGCAGCCUCCGCCGACGGGCGUCUCCUCUUCUCCGUCUCCUGGGACAAGACGCUCAAGGUGUGGGCCGUCCCGUCUCUCCGCUGCCUGCAGUCGCUGCAGGCGCACGACGACGCCGUCAACGCCGUCGCCGUAGCGCCCGACGGCACGGUCUACACCGGCUCCGCCGACAGGCGCGUCCGCGUCUGGGCGCCGCGGCCGGCCGAGCCCGACAAGGCCACCCGCCGCCGCAGCAAGAAGCCGGCCUACCACCUGGUGGCCACCCUGUCACGGCACACGGCGGCCGUGAACGCCGUGGCCGUCGGGUUCGGGGGCCAGGUGCUCUACUCCGGCGGCAACGACCGCUGCGUCGUGGUGUGGGAGCGGGAGGACAGCGCGAGCCACAUGGUCGCGGUCGGCGCGCUGCGCGGGCACCGCAAGGCGGUGCUCUCCGUCGCGUGCGCCUCGGGGGACGCCGCCGACGGCGCGCUGGUGGUCAGCGGGUCAGCGGACCAGACGGUCCGCGCCUGGCGGCGCGCGGCGGACGGCCGCGGGUACGCGUGCGUCGCGGUGAUCGACGGGCACAGCAGCGCGGUCAGGUCGGUCGCGGCGGCGCCCGUGCCGGUGCAGAAGAAGCAUCGUGCCGACGACGACGGCGACGAGGAGUGGAGGGUGUGCAGCGCCAGUUUUGACGGCGAGGUGCGGCUCUGGUCGCUGCGGAUGGCGGCGGCCUCGUAGCAGGUCCCGGUUUGGCACGAUUUUUGAGGUUUGGCUACUGUCAGAGCAACCACGAGAAUGUCUGAGAUAACUAUUGGGAGGGUACGGAAGAGC